AUGAGCUCUGUCAAGCCGUUCAAGAUCUCCGUUCCUGAUUCACAGCUUGAAAUACUGCGCAAGAAGCUUGAAGUUACCACCUUUCCGGAUGAACUAGAUGAGUCCAAAUGGGACUUGGGCGCACCGUUGGAUGAUAUAAAGCGCCUAACAGAGUACUGGAAGGAAAAAUUCGACUGGCGCGAAAAGGAGAGAUGGCUUAAUGAGCAGAUGUCUCACUUUACGACCGAUGUUGAGGUAGCAGGAUUCGACAAGCUAAACAUACACUUUGUUCACCACAGAAGCAAUGUAGCCGGUGCAAUUCCUCUACUAUUUCUCCAUGGCUGUAAGUUUCCAGAUAUACAGCUCACGUCUUUCCAAGCGCAAACUAAUACAUUUCUAGGGCCAGGGAGUUUCCUUGAAGUCUCAAAGCUGUUGCCUCUGUUGACGGCUGGAAGUGAGAGCCAUCCUGCCUUCCACGUAGUGGCACCAUCUCUCCCCAACUUUGGUUUCUCAGAGGGAGUUAAGAAGAAUUUCCCUCUAAUGGUCAAGCAGAGAGGUUUUGGCCUUGCACAGUACGCGGAAGCAAUGAAUGCGGUGAUGAUGGCAUUGGGGUAUGAGGAAUAUGGUAGGCUACCCCUAUUAAUAAGAUCUAUUGCCUCAAGAGUACAAGCUUAUAUUCUUCUCUGCCAUAUAGUGGUUCAAGGAGGAGACUGGGGUGGUGUCAUUUCACGUAUCAUGGCGAAGCGUUAUCCUUCACAUGUGAGAGCAGUGCAUGUAAACUUUGUUAUCCUUUCACUCCCGUAUCCAUGGAAAAGCCCAAUACUCUUCCUUAAAUCCCUUCUUACAAUUCCCUUCUCGCGCAAGGACCAAGCCAAACUCGCUGUAUCCCAGAAUUACGCCACGCAGGGCAAUGGGUAUAUGGCUCAACAAGGCUCUCGUCCUCAAACACUCGGGUAUAGUCUCCAUGACAGUCCAGUAGGCCUGUUAGCUUGGAUAUACGAGAAAUUACAUGCCUGGACAGACUCUUAUGCCUGGACGGAAGAUGAAGUCUUGACAUGGGCUUCAAUAUACCUCUUCUCUCGUGCAGGGCCUGCAGCAUCAACUCGAAUCUACUACGAAUUCAACAAUGCUCCUCCCGGGCCCGGAAACUUUUCUAGUCAAGAGGUAGUCAGCUGCUAUUCUCCCGAUGUGAAAUUCGCUAUUGCACAUUUCCCUCGUGAGAUUCUUGCAUUUCCCAUGCUAUGGUGCCGUUCAAUUGGAGACGUAGUGAGAGAGUCUGAAUUUGAUAAAGGUGGCCAUUUUGCUGCCUGGGAGGUUCCAGAUGUUUUGGCAGCAGAUAUCCAGGGGUUCCUUGGGAAGGAAGGCCAGGCAUACGGUAUAGUUUCUAGAGCAGAUGGAUAUUAA